GUCACAGGGACGCACAGAUUCGGGAAGGAGGUUUGAAGUCAGCAUGUGCGGGGGCUGCGUGAAGACGGAGUACCCACCUCGGGGUACUACUUGCUUGGAGAAUGGAUCCUAUUUAAUGAACUAUGUUGGUUGUAUUGAAUGCAAAACACGGGAUUUUGUGAUGAUUGUGAACAAAGCAAGAGAAGAAGAGGAUGGAGAGGAAAUUAUCACUUACGAUCACGUAUGUAAGAAUUGUCACCAUGUGAUAGCCAGGCAUGAAUACACUUUUGGUGUGGUGGAUGAUUACCAGGAAUACACCAUGCUAUGCAUGCUCUGUGGGAGGGCAGAAGAUUCUAUCAGUAUCUUGCCUGAUGAUCCUCAUCUGAUGACGCCGUUGUUCUGAAGUGCCUUGAUUUGAUUUUUCUCGGCCAUUGUAUCGUGUACUAAAUGACAGAAACUUAUGGAACAUGACAUUUAAAGAACACAAAUGCUGACUGCUCAAUCCAUGUGGGAAGUCAAGUGGUAUCAAGUGGGUCAAAAAAUGGUAUCUUAGUUUAACAUCAUCAGAAGUGAUUGCAAGCUAAAGGAAGAGGGAGAAAAAGUUUCAUUUGCUGAAAGCUUCAUAGAAAAGGCAGAACCGCUGCCUGCUGCUUUUGGUCUUUUUAAAUGUUUUCUACAAGUCAGAAUGCUGUGGUCAGUGUUAUUGGCAUCGUAGGGAAUGCUGUGUUUUGUAGAAAGUUUUGGAAAGGGGGACCUUUUUGUGACUCUCUACCCCACUGCAACACCAACCGGUGCCCCCAGUUUUCCUAUUUGAAAGUGGACUCCCCAAAAGCAAAGAAUUCUGAUUUGCAGGAAAUGCAAAAAAAAUGUAUGAGAAACUUUAUUGUUAUUGCAAAGAUGUCAGGGGGAAAUGGCCUUUUCCAAAUCCAUCCAGCACACCAUGUAGAAAUAGAGGAAAAGGUAAGACCAGGCUAUUUGAGGGACUGCCUCAUCCCACUGGGAGUGGCCCAUACCACUCGUGCCGAUAGAGAAUGCAUGCUGUGGGUCCUCUAAGCCCAAUUCCGGCUGGCAGGGUCCAGGAGGAGGGCCUUCUCUGCUGUUGCUCCUGCCCUCUGGAAUAUCUUGUCCCCCAAUGUGAGGUUGGCCCCAACCUUCCUAUCCUUUUGUAAAGGCCUAAAGAUGAGGCAGAACAGUGCAAUGGAGGUAGUUGGUUGAGUAAUAACACCUGUCUUC